UUGCGCGACUGUGAGUAUCUUUCUUUCGUCUUUCAUUUUCUUCGCUGCAUUACUCUGCCUCAAUGAGCUUGAUCGUUCGAGAUUUGGUCGACUUCUGUUUGGAGAUUCUGUGUGUUCUAUGAUUCGAUAUCUUGGAUUUAGAGUUUUCUUUUCCAUUUAUUAUAAGGAGAACUUCGGAUUAAUCCUUCCUCAGUUACGCUUGAUUAGUAGUUCGGUUUCUUUCUGAGAUUGCGGAUGUGAAUUGAUGCAAAACAUUACCUCUUUUUGAUGAUUUUCAUAAUGGAUAGGGAUGCAUUUUAGGAUUUGAGUGUGCAAUGAGAUUACAAGAGUUGGUUCUUGUGAAAAUCAGCUUAGUUUUCUUAUGGUUAAUUGGGUUUGUCUUCCUGCAACGUAGUGAAGAGAAUGGAUUUGAAGAACCAAACAAUGGGGAAGAACUUUCCUGGGAUGAUCUGGAGAGAGAAGCUGCUAGUAAUAUAUCAUCUAAAAGAUCUCAUGCUGAGAGAUCUCACCAACACGAAUCUUUUACAAAAGGUGACGAACUUUCUGGAGACUUGUACGAACUGUGGAGGCAAGAACAGAACAGCAUUGCGGCAAGGCUAGACAAAGAGCUAAAAUCCAGGUGGGAACUCGAUGAACUGAUUGAAGAACAGCUGAGCAGAUACCAGUCCCAUUACGACAAUUCCAUGGUUUCAACUUUCUUAAAGGAUGUCUCUAACCUCGUCUUACCCACGUGGAUACCACCUCAUGAGCUAGCUGCUGUGGCCUGGCUUGGAGACUGGCGUCCCACCUCCAUUCUUGACCUUGUCCGCAUUCUGGCAGCUCAAAACCCCUCCUUCUCUCUGUCUGAGUCGAGUUUACGCGUGCUCUCUCAGCUUUUACGUGAGAUACGCAUCGAAGAGGCCGUUAUUGAUGAGGAAUAUGCAGAAAUUCAGGCCACCGGUGUCUUGUACCUCCCUUUUUCCCCGCUCUGCAAUACUCGGUUGCAUGAAGAAGCUCUGCGUUCUGUGCAGGAGCUGUUUGGGAACAUACAUAAAGUCAUCUCAAAGGCACAACGACUCAGGUAUAAAGUGUUGGAGCUGGUGAUGAAGAAGCUGCUGAAUCAAACGGAUACAGCCGAGUUUGUGGUCGCAUUUGCAGGGAUUCAAGACGCCAUACACCAGUUUGGAGAGCAGAAGAAGCUAAGAAAGAUUUACCCAGCAGUUCCUUCACCUCUGAAGGGAUCAGGAUCAUCUAGUUGAGAGCUUUGUAGAAGCAAAGCAAGUCCCAGUUUCAUAGUAAAACUAAAUGCUGUGAUGUGGGAUCUGCCUGCUUGGAACUAAUGCCUCUUCAUCAACCCAUACAUGUUUAGGAUGUACAUGUUUAGCUAUCACCGUCCUCUGGAUUCAUUGCUAUUGUACGUACGUUGUAAGUCAUAACAAAGAUAUUGACAAUGAUAAAACCAAUUCUUGUA